AAGGAAAACUAAUAAUAUUAAUUGUCUUAAAUUGAAAUAAAAAACAUAGAGCUGAAAAUGAAAUGAAAUUGAAAAAUUAUACAUCAUGAGGUUUCACCUGCAAUUGAUCUCCUCUUUUGAAGGUAAAAAGCAAAUUGGUUCCAAAUGCCACCAACUCAAAGGUUGCAACAAUUUUACCAUAUAUCUUUGACUCUUGAGGUUUUGAAAGAGAGGAAAAUCUGGCUAAAGAAGGCAUAGCAUGAUGAAAACCUCAAUAAAUAUUCCCUUUGAAUACCAAAACCAGUCAACAAUGAGCUAAUUCAGCUAGUGCCAAUGCUUGUUUCACUUUGAGAAAUGCAUCUCUUGCAUUGCAAUGGCUCUCAGCUAUGUAAUGCAUCUUGAUUUUAUAUAUUACUUGUCACACAAGGAAAUCACUCGUUCGUGCCCAGCACUGAAUUUUGCGUUUGCGCGAUGGUUUUCCGUACAUAUUUACGUGUUUAUAAAUAAUGAAGGCUCCGGCUUCACUGGUCCAUAACUGAGGAAAUAGAAAAUUAGAAAACGAGUGUUGAAGCAGAGUUCAGAGAGAGAGAGAGAGAGAGAUUGGGUAAUGGCUGCCAUGGAUAUAUGGAUGUCGGAGAAAAAGUCAAACUUAGAAGGACACAGAGAGUAAAAUGCGGAACAAGAAAGAAAGAAAGAAAGAAAGAAAGGAGACGAAGCUCAUUGCUAAACGUAAUUAUGCAUUUCGAAAAGCUUGAUGAUUCUCCUAUGUUCCGCCAACAGAUACAGUGCUUGGAAGAAAGUUCAGAGUCACUAAGGGGAAGAUGUCACAAGUUUUACAAAGGAUGUCGAAAGUAUACAGAAGGCCUUGAAGACGGUUAUGAUGGCGACAUUGCUUUUGCAAGUGCGCUUGAAACUUUUGGAGGAGAGACUAGUGACCCUGAUUUUAUGGCUUUAGGAGGCCCAGUUUUGAGCAGAUUCGCAAGUGCUUUGAGAGAAACUGCAGUUUAUAAGGAAGUUCUUCAAUCCCAGGUAGAGCAUGUGCUAAAUGACAGGCUCCUACAGUUCGUGAAUGUUUACCUUCAUGAUGUAAAGGAAGCCCGAAAGCGCUUUGAGAAGGCUUCAUUCACACAUGAUCAGGCCCGCGAGAAGUUUCUCUCAGUGAAGAAGAGCACCAAGACUGAUGUUGCUGCUGUUAUUGAGCAGGAACUCAAUAAUGCAAGGUCUUCAUUUGAUGAAGCUCGCUUUAAUCUGGUCGGUGCUCUCUCUGACAUUGAGGCAAAGAAGAGAUUCGAAUUUUUGGAGGCUGUCAGCGGAAUGAUGGAUGCUCAUCUUCGUUACUUCAAACAGGGAUAUGAGCUGUUACAUGAAAUGGAGCCUUACAUUAAUCAGAUUUUGACUUAUGCUCAACAGUCUAGAGAAAUUUCCAACCAUGAGCAGGUAUCUCUCAUUGAAAGGAUGCUAGAGAACAAAAAGCAGUUUGAUCUUGAAACUAAAGAAUCAUUAAAUGGCUCUCAUAAUUCUACAAAUGGAGACAGUAUGCAGCCUUUUGCUUGGCGAUCCCACAAAGAGAUAGAGGCCGUGAUGCAAUCUGCUGCAAAGGGAAAGGUACAAACGAUUCGACAAGGUUAUCUUUCAAAACGGUCCUCCAAUUUGAGGGGUGAUUGGAAAAGAAGAUUUUUUGUUCUUGAUAGCAGAGGGAUGUUGUUCUACUAUCGAAAACAAUGGGGCUGGCCAUCUGGAAGCCAGUCUGCACCACAGAAAAAGGGCUCCUUCGAAAAUGGUCAUGGGCUUUUGAGUAGGUUGCUUUCAUCUCACCAUCACGGUGGUGCAAAUGAUGAAAGAUCUGCCCAUCACACAGUAAACCUCCUGACAUCAACAAUAAAGAUUGAUGCAGAUCAAACAGAUUUAAGGUUCUGCUUCAGGAUUAUUUCACCUUCCAAAACCUACACGCUGCAGGCAGAAAAUGCCAUUGACCGAAUGGAUUGGGUGGAAAAAAUAACUGGAGUAAUUGCUUCAUUGUUGAGUUUCCAAGGAGGACCUGAGAGGAAUCUCUCUGAAAGCCCCACAGGAAGCGAUGAAUUUUACUCUGCUAGUGAUAGUAGUUCAUUCAGAAGUUCUCCUGACGUUGAUCACAAAGCUGUUGAAGAUCAUUUUUCAAAGAUGUAUCACACAAACAAUCCCUCAGGUGUCUCUAGAAGUUUCAAAUCACAUAAGGAUGGUUGGAAAAAUGAGAAGCCACUUGACAUACUAAAAAGAGUCCGUGGGAAUGAAAUCUGUGCUGAUUGUGGUGCACCUGAACCAGAUUGGGCAUCCUUAAACCUCGGAAUUCUUAUUUGCAUUGAAUGCUCCGGUGUCCAUCGUAACCUUGGUGUUCAUAUAUCAAAAGUAAGGUCUCUAACUCUUGAUGUGAAAGCCUGGCACAAUUCUGUCUUAACUUUAUUUGAAUCACUCGGCAAUAUAUAUACAAAUUCAAUUUGGGAGGAGCUAUUGUAUUCAAGAAGUAACUAUCAGGCUGAUGGUGUCCUUACUGGCCCUUCCAAACCUAGCAAGCUGUUUUUCAUGAGAAAGCCAUGUCAUGACGAUCCCAUAUCAUUAAAGGAGAGAUUCAUUCAUGCUAAGUACUCAGAAAAAGCUUUUGUCCGCCAAGCCAAAGAUAAUAAAAAUCUUUAUCCAUUGGAGCAACAUGUGUGGAGAGGUGUCUGUGUUAAUGACAAGAAAGCUGUCUACCGAUAUAUUGUUUGCACUGACGUAGAUGUGAAUAGUACCAGCGGGACAAGCACUAAAAUGUACAUCCUUAAAGCCUGCAAUGUAGAGCAUUUAGCAAAAGCAAGAAAGUCGUUAUCACUAACUAAUUGCUUUGCAGAUAAUUCUAGGGAAAAGUCUUCCACAACUAAUUUGAUUCCAUUGGAAAAAAAUGAGAAACUUAUAGAGGACAUCCCCGAAGGCUGUUCUUUACUUCACCUGGCCUGCAUAACUGCUGACAUUGGCAUGGUAGAACUACUCUUACAAUAUGGUGCAAACAUGAAUGUUUCUGAUACAAGAGGUCAGACCCCGCUUCAUUAUUGCAUUAUCAGAGGAAAGUAUGCAAUUGCGAAAUUACUUAUUACAAGGGGAGCUAAUCGGAAAGUCAUUGACAGAGAAGGUAAUACUCCUCUUAAGCUCUUCAAAAAAUCACACUUCAUUGACAAUGAGCUACUUGCUCUUUUAGCAGAAAUAGACAGAUGACAAUGUGAGAUAUGAUGAAAGGUAAUUUCAAAAUAAUGUAUUCAAAGAUGGGAUGGCAACAUGUAAAUAUAACACCUUCAUGAAAAACUGGUUUAAUAGCUUCUUCAAACCUUAGCAGUAGGAGAGUUGAAGAGUUGUCUUGCUCGGUCACGAGCUUCUUUAGGUCUGUGCAAGUUUACACCAUUUUAGUCCUUUGGACUAAGGGGAUAAUAGUAGGCAUUGUUAGGCCUGUAUGAUAAUAGGUGAAGUGUAUUAUCAAUGUAACUUUUCCCUCUUGAAAGAUAAUUCUUCAUCCUAUGUUAAGGAGCUUUAGUAAGUCCAUAGCAAGAAUACUUCUCAAGUGUGCAUAUACACCAAUAUGAGAGAUUUUUUUACCGUCAAUUAUUGGCAACUCAGAGGCUCGAAUUUCAACUUGAAAAAAUACAAGGCAAACCAGUUCUUGAAUCUUGAUGAAAGAAGGGCAUCAGGCUGAAUUUUGACAAUGUAUCAGUUUUGAUUCUUUCUUUCUUCUUUAUUGUUUCCUUCUUCCUUUUUCUACAAUAAAACCACAUUAUAUGAGUUGGUUUAAGUUACUGUAAAGAAAAGGAAGAAUAAAAAAGAAAGGUUAUAUGUUGUGUGUAACAUCUCCAUAUCCAUAGUUAUAUGCAUAAGAUGUUAAAUUCCUUUGUA